AUGGUUGUCAGCGCAGGUGCCAAAAAAGUCAACUUCGUGGGUCUGGGCUCUGGACCGGAGGUGCAGAGUGUUGACAGCGCCACCGACGGCCACGAUAGUGACGUUCCCGUCGCUUUGAGCAAUCCGAUUCGCAACAUGAUCCAGCGCGGCGAUCAAAGUCCUUCGGUCCAUGUACUUGAAACAUCUCAGCGUGUUCAUCGGCUUUCCGUGUUGGUCCUCGCGAGGCAAUGGCACAGGGAUCAACCAAGCUUGGGUGGCCCAGAGAUGACUUUGCAGGACUGCCCUGCCAUCGAUGGUUGCGGAACCUUUCGUGGGCUGAGAAUGACGGUUACCCAUGUUUACUGA